AUAGACCACGCCCUGGAGAGCUCCGCCCCCAGGCCCGCCCCGCGGCGCAUUAUGGGAUCUGUCAGCCCCACUGGAGCGGGACGCAACCCUAGGUCAUGGGAAUCCAACCGAGCCCGGUCCUGCUAGCCUCUCUGGGGGUGGGGCUGCUGACUCUGUUCGGACUGGCUGUGGGUACCUAUCUGGUUCGAAGAUCCCGCCGGCCGAAGGUCACUCUCCAGGACCCGGAUGAGAAGUACCUGCUGCGAUUACUAGACAAGACGACUGUGAGCCACAACACCAGGAGGUUCCGCUUUGCCCUGCCCACCGCCCACCACAUUCUGGGACUGCCUGUGGGCAAGCAUGUCUACCUCUCUGCCCGAAUUGAUGGAAGUCUAGUCAUCAGGCCUUACACUCCUGUCACCAGUGAUGAAGACCAAGGCUAUGUGGAUCUUGUCAUCAAGGUUUAUCUGAAAGGUGUGCACCCCAAAUUUCCUGAAGGAGGGAAGAUGUCUCAGUACCUGGACAGCCUGAAGAUUGGGGAUGUGGUGGAGUUCCGAGGGCCAAGUGGGUUGCUCAGUUAUGCUGGGAAAGGGAAUUUUAACAUUCAGCCCAACAAAAAAUCGCCACCGGAACUGCGAGUGGCGAAGAAAUUGGGAAUGAUUGCUGGUGGGACAGGAAUCACCCCAAUGCUGCAGCUGGUCCGGGCCAUCCUGAAGGUCCCCGAAGAUCCAACUCAGUGCUUUCUGCUCUUUGCCAACCAGACUGAAAAAGACAUCAUCCUAAGGGAGGACCUAGAGGAACUGCAGGCCCAACAUCCUAACCGGUUUAAGCUCUGGUUCACUCUGGACCAUCCACCAGAAGGUUGGACCUACAGCAAGGGCUUUGUGACUGCCGACAUGAUCCAGGAGCACCUGCCCGCUCCAGCGGAUGAUGUGCUGCUGCUGCUCUGUGGGCCGCCGCCUAUGGUACAGCUGGCCUGCCAUCCUAACCUGGACAAGCUGGGCUAUUCACAAAAGAUGCGAUUCACCUACUGAGCGUCUCAAAGCCUCCCUGGUCCCAUGUGUGCAUUUGUCCCUCGUCAGUUCCGGACCACCAUGAGGCUUCGUGCCUGGGCUAAGAGCGCCAGCCUUUGGCGUCUCAUCCUGGAACCUGGAUGUUUGCAGAAAUGGCACUCCUCUAGCUGUGGUAGAGGCAAGUCAGGCGGAGUCACUCCCUGGAAGCCUCCCUCACUCUAAUCUCCGUGUGAUAAAAGGUCCAGAUGAAGCUCACAAGGAGCAGUCUCUUCUGUAGGGCCAAAAAGAAGGGAGUAUAUCCAUUUGUCAUAAGGCUGGCUAGUUCCUGAGAACAUCAUGGGCUCACCUUCUUUGUGUCUAUGACGAGAGGAAUGGGAAAUGUGCAUUGUGCUCAAUAUUCAGCAUUUCACCUACUACUUAUGUGAGUACAGGUUGACUGGGGCUUAUAGAUAUAGUCCUACGGAAACUGAAGGAAAGGAAUUAUUUCCCAGAAUUCUAAACCUCAGAGAAAGGAGUUUAUGUAUUUGCAUGUGUGUCUCUCAGCUCCUGCCCAGGUUAGCACGAAAUGUGUACCCACAACGUAAGACUGCUGCUUGUACAAGAAGUCUCUGGCUGUUCAAAUAAAUGGAGUUGAGGCCUUGAUGAUCUCAAGGA